GCUCUGCCGGGAGCCGGGCUCAGGACAGACCCUCGCACCUGUGUGGACAAGCCUAGCCCCCGUGAUCUCUGGUGACCCAACCCACGGCUCUAAUGAUCCCCCCGCCCCCUCCACGGGCCUCUGGGUCAUACCCGGUAACUCUUACCGCCCCCCUUGACCCCUGGUGACUUCUAUCGCCCUCAGACUGGUUGUGGUGGCCCCCACAAUCCCCUGACUGCAUCCUGGUGACUUCCACAGGUCCCGUGUGACCCUCACGGAUUGGAGAAGGCUCGGGGUCCUGUACGUUCCUUUGCGGAGGUCUCACGGUCCCUGGGAGGGUUGGGGGGUUAUCCUAGAAGUCAGGCAGGGCCCGCCGGGGUAGUGGGAACCCGUAACCUGAGCGCGCGCGUGGGCUGGGAGCGGGAGUGCGCGCAGCCUAGGCUGGGUCCUGGCGUCUCUCCCACAAGGUUCCCGGGGGCCGCCCCCGGUCACGUGGCUGCCGGGGCCUGCAGGUAACUCGCCCAGAGAGGGCGGGGGCCGGUAGCCUCCCCGCCCCGCCCCGCGAGGCGCAGCGGGUGCGUCUCGGCAGCGCCCACUGAGCCUGCCGGGCCGCAGGUGCCGCCCCCGUCACUCGGUGUCCCGCCCAAGCUGGUCCGCGUUUGCCGUCGGUCGGUGGGUGCGUGCGUGCCCCUCGUCGGUCCGCGUGUGUUUGGCCGAGCGCCUUCUCCCUCUGCGGCCAUGACUCCGCCGCCGCCUCAGCCACCGCCCCCCGGCCCGGACCCCGUCGCGGACUCCGCCGCGGAUCCCCGCCCCGGGCCGGGACCCCUGGUAGUAAUAUUCGGAGCCACGGCGGGUGCGCUGGGACCGGACCUGGGCUCCGACGAGACCGACUUAAUCCUCCUAGUCUGGCAAGUGGUGGAGCCGCGGAGCCGCCAGGUGGGGACGCUGCAUAAGUCGCUAGUGCGCGCCGAGGCGGCCGCGCUGAGUCCGCAGUGCUGCGAGGCGAGUGGCCUGAACGCUGACAGCCUGGCGCGGGCCGAGCCGCUGGACAAGGUGUUGCAGCAGUUCUCACAGCUGGUGAGCAGGGAUGUAGCUCUGCUGGGCGGGGGCCCCAACAUGCUCUGCACUGAUGGGCAGCAGCUGCUGCGACAGGUUCUGCACCCCGAGGCCUCCAGGAAGAACCUGGUGCUCCCUGACACCUUCUUCUCCUUCUACGACCUCCGCAAAGAGUUCCAUGUGCAGCACCCGAGCACCUGCCUUGCCAGGGACCUUACUGUGGCCAGCAUGGCACAGGACUUGGGGUUAGAGACAGAUGCCACAGAGGAUGACUUUGGGGUCUGGGAAGUGAAGACAAUGGUAGCUGUCAUCCUCCACCUGCUCAAAGGGCCCAGUGGUCAAUUGUUUUCGAAGCCCGAGAUGGUAAAGCAGAAAUAUGAGACAGGGCCUUGCAGCAAGGCCGAUGUGGUGGACAGUGAGACUGUGGUACGGGCCCGUGGUUUGCCCUGGCAGUCAUCAGACCAGGAUGUGGCUCGCUUCUUCAAAGGGCUCAAUAUAGCCAGGGGUGGUGUAGCACUCUGCCUCAAUGCCCAGGGCCGCAGAAAUGGUGAGGCCCUCAUCCGCUUCGAGGACAGUGAGCAGCGGGACCUGGCACUGCAGAGACACAAGCACCACAUGGGCGUCCGCUAUAUUGAGGUGUAUAAAGCAACAGGGGAGGAGUUUGUAAAGAUCGCAGGGGGCACAUCACUAGAGGUGGCCCGUUUCCUGUCACGAGAAGACCAAGUGAUCCUGCGGCUAAGGGGAUUGCCUUUCUCGGCUGGGCCCGCAGACGUGUUGGCCUUCCUCGGGCCAGAAUGCCCAGUGACUGGGGGUACCGAUGGGCUGCUCUUUGUGCGUCACCCUGACGGCCGGCCCACUGGUGAUGCCUUUGCCCUCUUUGCCUGUGAGGAGCUGGCACAGGCUGCGCUGCGCAGGCACAAGGGCAUGCUGGGUAAGCGAUACAUCGAGCUCUUCCGGAGCACUGCAGCUGAGGUGCAGCAGGUCCUGAACCGCUAUGCAUCCAGUCCACUCCUUCCGACACUGACUACGCCCCUGCUGCCCAUCCCCUUCCCACUGGCAGCUGGAACCGGGAGGGACUGUGUACGUCUUCGAGGUCUGCCAUACACAGCCACCAUUGAAGACAUUUUGAGCUUCCUGGGGGAGGCAGCAGCUGAUAUCCGGCCUCAUGGUGUUCACAUGGUGCUCAACCAGCAGGGCCGGCCAUCUGGCGAUGCCUUUAUCCAGAUGACCUCACCAGAGCGGGCCCUAGCUGCUGCUCAGCGUUGCCAUAAGAAGGUGAUGAAGGAACGCUACGUGGAGGUGGUUCCCUGCUCCACAGAGGAGAUGAGCCGUGUGCUGAUGGGGGGCACCUUGGGCCGUAGUGGCAUGUCCCCUCCACCCUGCAAGCUGCCCUGUCUCUCGCCACCCACCUAUGCCACCUUCCAGGCCACCCCAACUCUCAUUCCUACUGAGACAGCAGCUCUAUAUCCCUCUUCGGCACUGCUUCCAGCUGCCAGGGUACCUGCCACCCCCACCCCUGUUGCCUACUACCCAGGACCGGCCACUCAGCUCUAUAUGAACUACACAGCCUACUACCCCAGCCCACCUGUUUCUCCGACCACUGUUGGCUACCUCACCACACCCCCUGCUGCCCUGGCCACUGCUCCCCCCUCAGUGUUGUCGCAGCUGGGAGCCUUGGUUCGAAUGCAGGGCAUCCCAUACACAGCAGGUAUGAAGGAUCUGCUCAGCAUCUUCCAGACCUACCAGCUAGCACCUGACGACUACACCAGUCUGAUGCCUGUUGGUGACCCGCCUCGCACUGUGCUACAGGCCCCCAAAGAGUGGGUGUGUUUGUAGGUGAGGGAGCCAAGAGGUAAGAGCUAGCUGACAUCUUCAGCUAACAUGCCUCCCCUGCAUCCAGAGGACCAGUGCCCUCAACCUGGUGGCUACUUUCUAGCUUGUCAGAGCGCUCAGAAGUCACCCAGAGGAGCCCAAGUCCUGCUCCACCUCCCACUUAGUCCUCUGCUGUUCCCCCCAAAGAUGAUGGCUGCAUCUGUGUGCAGGGCUUGGGGUAGAAUGGCACCUGCCUGCUCCCAGUGGCCUGACCUGGGCCUCCUGAGUGGCAACUGAAGAGCCUUUAGUCUGUCUUGGCUUUGGCUGAUGCCCAUGGAGUCUGUGGGGUUGACAGGUCCACAGCAGGCUUUCUUCCUUUUAUUUUAACUAUAAGCCCUGAAGCCUUCAGUGUGUGACUCCUUUUGGGAAAAUCAAGGGGCCAGCUGAGCCUCUCUGAGUCAAGACCCUGAUGCUCUGCAUCCCCCUGUCCCUAUGGGUGGAAGGUAGGGGGCAGGAAGCGCUGGCCCCGUAUCUCCCAUGGUUCUCAGAACUCAGAAGCCACUUGUACCAGGGGUGCUUCCACCUAAGGAUGACAGCCCCACUCCAGCAUGGCACAAGGAGUAUCAGCUGGAAAUACCACAGGCUCUUUUAAUGGAUUGUGUUGCAGUAUCUCCAAAGGACACUAGGGGGCAGGAGGCUCCCAUGCAAAAACUCAGGCUUGACUUUCAGAGGACUUUCUGCCUACUUUUCAUGUUCAUCUCUGGGAGGCCAGUUGUCCUGAACCUAGCAGACACCAUGGAAUGUCCUUUGCACCUAUUAAAGAGUGCAGUACCGAAGCCUUGGAAGGAAUUUGGAACUCGACCCUUUCCUACAUAAAACAAACAUAGGUUCCUUGCCAAGUGGACUUUUUAAAAGCCACAAUGCCCUUAGCUUUGACCCCCAGAAUGAGGGGCUCCACAUCAGCCCCAGGAGGAGAAAAACUCAAGACAGAUUUCAAGGAGACGGUUGACCUGUCACCAUUUAUUAUUUCGGCACUAUAACUGAUGAGCCUGAACUGAUGGCUCUUCUUCCCUUUCUAUUUCUGUAAGGAGCACUGCACUCCUAUAAAAGGAUUUAAAAUACAAAAUGUACAGGAAAACAAUCCCAAGUGCUGUAAACAUAACUGUUCUUUAACUGAACAUCCAUUUUAUAGAAUACAAGGUUUCAACUUGAGCCCAUCUGAGCCUUAAGAAUGAUCAUCUGUUCUGUGUAUCAAAAACGGCUUAGUAGCUAGCUAUGCCUGGCAGAGCUCUGGUGCUCCUGGCUAGUCUCAGGUAGGGAUGAGUUGCACACUGGGCAGCAGCACUACAUGUGAACCCGAAGACAUCUGUUCCUUUUCAAGCUGUUUUCGGCCAUAUUUCUGUGUACAUCGCCAGUAAACUGAAGGCUGCUCAUCCCAUUCCCUCAACCCAAGGUCUAGCAUGGGUCAGGGGGAAGGAGUGUGUGCCAUCACAUGCCCAGUUGCUCAGUGCUGCUACUAGAAAUCAAUUUGCAUAGUCCCAUGAUGACGUGCAUUAACACCACUAUGUUGCACAAAAAUUUGUCUUUACAAAGCCAAAAAAAUACUGACUCUUACCCCAAAGCUGAUACAUUACUUACAUAGUAUACAACGCUCUAUUUUAAAAUUUGACUUUUAUUUUAAAUAGGAAAGCAUUUCUAGCACUACAGGCAUCAAGGUAUUUAAAAGGCAUCAAAAUUUGGUGCAUAGCAACUCUGGAUCAUAGAGGCUUUGAUUCUUGAGGGUAGCAGAACCACCCCCAAAGGGUCUUGCAAGGGGAGCUCUUGCAAGAAUCCCAUGUGAGGCAGGUAUAGCAGAGGCAGGAGGGUAGACGCAAGUCUGGUGGCCAUCUCUCUGGAACUUCAUCUGAGGAGGCAGCCCCUGACCACCCCCCGCCCGUGAGCUUCCUACCACAGGCCCUGAAGCAAAUCGCACUAUUCACACACUGAGACACAAAACUCACUUCCAAAGAAAAAAAGGUUCAGCUUCAAGAGGGGCCAGAGUGAACUGUUAAAGGACAGACACUUUUCUCUAACUAGCUUUAAGAAAAGAAUCUAAAACACCAUAGUUUAAAAAAAAAAAAAAAGACCAUAGGUCCUCACCCUGGGUAAACAGCUCCCACUUAGCUGAUGA